AUGGCUGAUCGAACAGAGAAACACGGAUUUGCUAAACAAGCGUUCGAUAAGGUUAGUUAUAUUCAAUCGAAAUAUGAUGUCGGACAAGCACAAGAGGCUCUGCAAUGGAUUAGUCAAAUGAUUGGCGAAGAAUUUGAUACAAAUGGGGAAAUGGAUAAUGUUUAUAAUCAACUACGCGAUGGACGGAAACUUUGCCAAUUAAUGAAUAAAAUCGUACCGAAUUCGAUUCCGAAAGUUAAUAGUGGUGAAAAUAAUUUUAAAUUAAUGGAAAACAUCUCGCGCUUUACUCAAGCUGCCCGCUCGUAUGGAUUGUCGGACUCGGAGACCUUUCAAACAGUUGAUCUUUACGAAAAAAUGAAUCUGCACCAAGUUGUUCUGUGUAUUUUCGCGCUUGGUCGUAAAGUACAAAAACAAGGUAUGCAAGGUUUAGGUCCAAAGGAGAGCGACAAGAACCAGCGGACAUUCUCCCCGGAAACCAUUAUACAAGGAAAUACUGUCGUCAGUACUCAGUAUGGUUAUAACAAAGGCGCAACACAGUCCGGUAUUAGUUUCGGUAAUACACGCCAUAUGUAA